AUGCAAUACAAGGCCAUCACCGCCGCCUUUGCGCUCUUCGUCAGCGCCACUAUGGCCAUGCCAGCCGCGGGUCCGGCGGACGCUGUCGCCAUACAGGCACGUGGUGAAGAGGGUCUUUUAGACGGUGCGCUUGCCGGAGUCGGCGGUGUAGUCGCCGGUGUUCUAGGCGGCCUCGGCCUGUUCGAUGACGUCGUGGGCUGGAAAGCAUACACGAACGACGAUGGAGUGCAAUGCGAGCCAUACACAGCCGAAUACGACUUCCAAUUUGCCUAUAAGUACAAGUACUGCUACACCAGCAGCGACAAGUGGGACGGUCACUUGGGUGGCUCGAAGUACCCCAAAUGCAAGAAGUGGCUCCCAUACAAGAAGGAAGGAAAGGACUGCGAGCCAUACACCAUCUCCUACGAGUAUGAAUAUGCGUACUCGACGGGUUGCUAUGAGAGCUACUAG